ACAAAGAAGAAGAAUCAAGAUAAGAAGAAUCAUUUCUCUCUCCCAUCCUCUCGUUGGGAUCCGCAGUCAUAUUUCGAGACUUUCGCUCACCCAUGGACCGGCGACUACGGUGCCUUGUGGAGAAAGGACUUUUUUCUCCAUUUCCAUCUGCUGAUAAGACAGAAAAGUCGAAGACGAAAUGAAGGAGCAGGAGCUGCUGAUAUUAAUAAAGAAGUGGAUGAAGAUGAUCAUGAUGUUGUGCAUGAGCGCAGGAAAGUGUCUACUAGUACUAGUCAAGGAGAUGACAAAAAUGCAGAGGUUUAUGAACAAACGGACACGCUUGUGGAGGAGGUCAAAACUUAGGGAAAGUUAGGGGAUAUUAUGGCUCCCUAAUUUUCCCUAAUUUUCCCUAUGUGGGAGGUUUAAGAUUGUCCGUUUGUUUCUAAGAGGUGGCUCCUUCACCUUCAACAAGUGAUGUUGCAACGCCGAAGACGACAAUGACAACUUCCUCUUCCAAAACUCCAGAACAUCAAGUCAACUUCCACGACGAUCGUUUCGCCUACGUCCCCAACACGCAGGUCUGCGUUACUCGGACAGAAUAUGAGAAAAAACGAGGAACGCAGAGAUUUCUCCGCAUGUUCCAAAAUCCCAAGCAUUUUCGUCCUGUUCACCAAGUCGAAAAAGCGAUAGACAGAUAUGCCGAAAUAUAUCACAACUACGACGCAAAAACAAAGAUUAAAACAAAAUGGCUUGAGGAGGAUACGGCUACGGGUAAUCAGGACGAAGAAAAACAUGAUGAGGUUGGCCUUGCUACUGGGCAGGGAGCACGAUCGGAAGCGGACCAAAACCAAAACAUUGCCACGAGAACCCAAGAGAAUGAGAACACUACUGCAUCAACAGUCAGAAUCGAUGGUCAAUCCCUGUUUCUCGAGCGCCAGUCUUCGAUAUACAAGAAUGCAAAUGAGGAGGACCUUUUUUGCUAUAUCCUAUCCCCUGACCCUGAGAUGGAGGAGCUCCAUUAUCGAGGCUUACACAACAAACUUCUUCGUAGUAGUCUAGGUCUGAUACCCAUUGAUCGAUUAGACGUGAAACACUUGCAGUGGUCCUCGGAUUCUAGUAGUAGAGGCGGAGCAGAUCUCGUCGCAAACGCAACCUCUACAACUCGACACUUGCAGGUACGAGAAAAACUACAUCAAAGAACAUCAUCUUCUGGCUCUGAGUAUAAACUUGAGAACAAGCCUUGUAAGUAUUUCCACCUAGAACUCUCCUGUGCGGCGGACCCUGACUACAUGUUGCACAUGCUGUUGCUUGGCGUAAACCGUGAAAAGAGCUGUCUAGGACUGCCACUCCCAGAAAAGUGGGCACGAUUCACACGGUUUGACUGGGAGCUUUUUCGUGCCAGCAUUCUAGACCUAGAAGCUUCGGGCCAUCAGUCCAUGGCUCCGGUUAUCCGAAACAAUGCGAAAUGCCAAAAGAUGCUGGAGGAGAAAGGGUGGAGUUUGGACUGAGUAACAGUGCCAGAGCAUGGUGGACUUUGGUGUUGGACUUCUUCUAGUUCUACUACCUUUGACUUCCACUUCCAGUGUCGUAAACAUGCAACUGCAACAAAUGUCACUUAUUUUUGAAAUUUAAUAUUGUUCUAGUUCUUCUUCUUGCAGCUCGAGUAGUUAGUGAAGGUGAAUUGGUUCUUAUUGAUUCUUUCACUAUACUUAAUAGAUUACAGAAAUUUGGCUCUAAAAUAGAGAAAAGCACCUAAGUCAAUUCUAGAUUGUUCUCAUAGUAGUGAAUCUACUACGUCACGAUUUUCUCGAGCGUUGUAUGGCGCCGUGCGCUGACCCACAACCACCUCGUUUUGUUGCCAAAUGCCUUGCGGA